AAGAACCAGAAGCGGGCGCGGGCGGCCGCCCAGCAGCGGGCCCAGGAGCAGUUCGCUUCCGUUCCUCACUCCUUCGUCUUCCACCGCGGGCGCGUGGGCCGGAGCCUGCAGCAGCUCAUCCUGGACGUGCGGCGGGUGAUGGAGCCGUUCACAGCCAGCACCCUGCAGGUGCGGAAGAAGAACUCGCUGAAGGAUUUUGUGGCGGUGGCGGGGCCCCUGGGCGUGACGCACUUCCUGGUCUUCACCAAAUCCCCCACCAACGUUAACUUCAAACUCGUCCGUCUCCCGGGAGGCCCAACACUGACCUUCAAAGUCACACAGUACUCGCUCAUCAAGGACGUGGUGUCCUCCCUGAAGCGCCACCGCAUGCACGAGCAGCAGUUCACGCACCACCCGCUGCUGGUGCUCAACAACUUCGGCCUGCAGCAGAUGCACGUCAAGCUGAUGGCCACCAUGUUCCAGAACAUGUUCCCCUCCAUCAACGUGCACAAGGUCAACCUCAACGCCAUCAAGCGGUGCCUGCUGAUCAGCUACAACUCGGACUCCCAGCUUCUGGACUUCCGGCACUACAGCCUGAAGGUGGUGCCUGUGGGGGCGAGCAAAGGCCUCAAGAAGCUGCUGCAGGAGAAAUUCCCCAACAUGAGCCGGCUGGAGGACAUCAGUGAGCUGCUGGCCAAGGACAUUAACCUGUCGGAGAGCGAGGCCGAGCAGGACGGGACCCACAAUAUCCUGGAGCUGCCCCAGGCAUACGCGGGCCGGGGGAACAUGAAGGCCCAGCAGAGCGCAGUGCGUCUCACUGAGAUCGGGCCCCGAAUGACCCUGCAGCUCAUCAAGGUGGAGGAAGGGUUGAACCAGGGCAACGUGCUCUACCACAGCUUCAUUCUCAAGACGGAGGAGCAGCUCCGGGCGGCCCUGGCCAGGAAGGGGGAGCGGCUGCGGCUGAAGGCAGAGCGGCGCCGCAGGCAGGAGGCCGACGUGCAGCGCAAGAAGGAACAGCGGGAGGCCCACAGGAAGCAGAGCCUGGCCGGGAUCAGGAGGAAGCAGCAGCAGGGGGAGGAUGGUGACAGUGGUGCCGAGGAUCCUGGGAUGCCGGAGGACCAGGACCCGGCCAACCAAUCAGACGACGACGCGGAAUAUUACCGGCAGGAAGUGGGCGAGGAGCCCGACGCAGAUCUGUUCCCCAAAAGCACCAAGAGGAAACACGGGCCCCCGCGCUCCCCCCAGCCCAGCAAGAGACUCAGAACCAGCCAGCCUGGGGAGCAGCCUGCCAGCCGCAAGGCGAAGCACAGGAGACCCCCUGGCCAGCUGCAGAGGGGCGGGCGCAGCCCCAGGCAGCAGAGGGAGAUUGGGAACUCUCAGAGGUCUGGCCAGCAGAAGGACCCACGGAGCCUUAAGGGCCGCGGGCAGCAGCGAGGAGCACGGAGUCCAAAGCCGAAAGGACCCAGGCAUCCGGGGCAGCAGGGAACCAAGCGAGGUCCUAGGCUCAAAGGGCCGGGGAAGCCGGGGCUGCGGAGGAAGCAGGCAGCCCGGGGGCAGGGGGGGCGCCAGAGGCCCCGGGCCCCCAAGAAGGGGUGCGGCCCCCGCUCAGGAUGGGAUCUCUGGGCGGUUCCCGCCCUUCACCGAUGUGGCGGGAGGCUGAGGCGCGGGCUGCCAGGGCAGUGUGCUAGGCCCUCCCACCACCCUCCGGCUGGGGGGGAAGGGGUGGAGCAGCGUCUUCAGGCUGCAGCCAGCUGCCAGCAGGAAGGAACACCCUGCUACUGCUUCCCUCUCCAGCCUGUGGUGGGUCCUGCUGCCCCCGGGGCGCAGCGCAGUGCCAGGAUGACUGCUACAGGUCCUGAGGGGCCGGGGGCCUGCAAUGCUUCCUUCAGUAAGUUCCAGGAGCACAUGUGGCCAGUGCUGACGGUGGAGUUCUUCCUGGCCUUUGCCGGCAACGCCUUCGCCAUCUACCGCUUCGUGGUGCGUGAGCGCCCCUGGCACACGGGCAUCGUGUACUCCUUCAACCUGGCAGUCAGCGACCUGCUCUACGCCCUCUCCCUGCCCUUCCUGGCCGCCUACUACUACCCGCCCAAGCACUGGCGCUACGGCCCGGCCCUCUGCAAGCUCGAGCGCUUCCUCUUCAGCUGCAACCUGUACGGCAGCAUCUUCUUCCUCACCUGCAUCAGCCUGAACCGCUACCUGGGCAUUGUGCACCCGCUGCUGGUGCACGGCCGGCUGGAGCCGCGCCACGCCAAGCUGCUGAGCGGCGCCGCCUGGCUGCUGGUGGCCGGCCUCUCCGCCCCCACCCUGCACUUCUCGGAGCUGCAGCCCAGGGGGAACUGCACCGAGUGCAUGGGCAGCGCCACGAACGAGCAGCUGCCCCACUACCUGCCCUACAGCCUCUUCCUGGCGGCCUUCGGCUGCGGGCUGCCCUUCCUGCUCACGCUCUUCUCCUACGCGGCCAUCCUCCGCACCGUCUGCCGCAACCCCCACAUCACGCGGCUGGAGAAGCGCAAGGUGGGGAGGCUGGUGAGCGUGGGGGUGGCCCUCUACGCUGUCUCCUACCUGCCCUACCACACCCUGCGCAACCUCAACCUGCACCUGCGUCAGCAGUGUCUGCUGGGCAAGGCGCCGAACUACCAGCAUGCGCUGUUUGUCCACUCCGCCUACCAGCUCAGCAAGAUCCUGGUCACCAUCAACAUCUGCGCCCACCCGCUGCUCUACGCCGCCCUGGCCGACAGCAUGCGGGGCUGGUGCAGGGCCCCCCGCGGGCAGGACAGGGGCCAGUCCGCAGAGAACACGGAGCUCAAGGCCUGUGGCUGACACCGGGGAUGGAACCAGCCUCCCCCCCCCUUUGUGCUGCCAGCACACAGGGCUGGCUCCCCCCACCCCGCAACCCAGGGCAGACCACGCAGGGGGUAACAGCAGCUGCCCCGGCUGCCUGCCCCAAACUCUGGGGAGGCAGCUCCUCCCUCCUCAGCUAGACGCCAAC